UCCGUGGCCGCCGCCGCUCCUUUUGGGCUGCAGAGAAGCUGGGGCCCGUGUUUUCUUUCGCCUUUUGUGCUGCGAGCGCCGCUGCAGGAAGCUGUGAGAGAGCCGCGGGCGAGCCGGGAAGCCACGACAUGAAUGCAGUGACCUAUGAUGAUGUGCAUGUUGACUUUACUUGGGAAGAGUGGACAUUGCUGGAUCCUUCCCAGAGGAAUCUCUACAAAGAUGUGAUGCUGGACACCUACAGGAACCUCACUAUCAUAGGAUACAGUUGGAAGGACCAUAAUAUUGAAGAACAUUGUCAAAAUUCUAGAAGAUAUGAAAGGCCUGAAAGAAAUCAUACUGGAGAGAAACCUUCUGUAUAUACUCAAUAUGUUAAAGUCUUUGCUUAUGACAGACAUCUUCAAAGGCAUGAAAGCACACAUAUUGGGGAGAAACUGUAUGAAGUUAGUCUAUGUGGUAGAGCCUGUGAACGUGAUAGAAAUCUUCAAAUGAAUGAAAGAGCACAUACUGAAGAGAAACCCUAUGAAUAUAGUCCAUGGGGUAGAGCCUUUACUCUUCACAGUCGUCUCCGAAGGCAUGAAAGGACACAAACUGAAGAGAAACCCUAUGGAUGUGAUCAAUGUGGUAAAGCCUUUGCACAUCCUAGAAAUCUUCAAAUACAUAAAAAAACACAUAGUGGAGAGAAACCCUAUAGAUGUGAUCAGUGUGGUAAAGCCUUUGCACAUCAUAGAAAUCUUCAGUUACAUAAAAGAACACAUACCGGGGAGAAACCCUAUGGAUGUGAUCAGUGUGGUAAAGCCUUUGCACAUCAUAGUAAUCUUCAAAUACAUAAAAGAAUACAUACUGGAGAGAAGCCCUAUGGAUGUGAUCAAUGUGGUAAAGCCUUUGCACAUCCUAGAAAUCUUCAGGUACAUAAAAGAACACAUACUGGGGAGAAACCCUAUGAAUGCAAUCAGUGUACUAAAGCCUUUGCACAGCAAAGUCAUCUUAAAUGCCAUAAAAGAACACAUACUGGAGAGAGACCGUAUGAAUGUAAUCAAUGUGGUAAAGCCUUUACAUGUCACAGUAGUCUUCAAAUACAUAAAAGAAUACAUACUGGAGAGAAACCCUAUGAAUGUAACCAAUGUGAAAAAGCAUUUGGUGAUUUCAAAUCUUUUCAAAUUCAUAAAAGAAGCCAUACUGGAGAGAAACCAUAUGAAUGCAAUCAAUGUGGUAAAGCCUUUACACAACACACUAAUCUUCAAACACAUAGAAGAAGACAUACUGGAGAGAAACCCUAUGAAUGUAGUCAAUGUGGUAAAGCUUUUGCAUGUCACAGUAGUCUUCAGAUACAUAAAAGAACACAUACUGGAGAGAAACCCUAUGAAUGCAAUCAGUGUGCUAAAACCUUUGCACAAAUUGGUCACCUCCAAACACAUAAAAGAACACAUACUGGAGAGAAACCCUAUGAAUGUAAUCAAUGUGGUAAAGCCUUUACUUCUCACAAUGCUCUUCAAAUGCAUAAAAGAACACAUACUGGAGAGAAACCCUAUGAAUGUAAUCAGUGUGGUAAAGCCUUUACACAACAUGGUAAUCUUCAAACACACAGAAGAAGACAUACUGGAGAGAAACCCUACUAAUAUAGUCAAUAUCAUAAAGCCUUUGAAUGUCACACUAAUCUUCAAAUGUAUACAGAACACAUACUGGAGAGAAUCCCUACCAACAGUGUGAUAAAGCCUUUGCGUUGAUCAGCAAUCUUCGAACUUAUCAGAAAAAGAUGUACUGCAGAUAAACCCUAAAAAUAUAGUCAGUGUGGCAAAAUUUUGCAGUUUAUACAGGAGUAAACCUUUUUGUGUGCAAUCAAUCUGUGAAAGCCUUUGCUUAAUGCAAUAGUCUUUGAGUGCCUAUAAAAUAUUCUGAGAGUGUAUUAUUUGUAAAGUAUUUGGUAAGCUCUCUAUCCAACACAUAUUCUUACAUAAAAGAGCAUUUACUCUGGAAAAAUU